AGAUGGCUCCCUCUCCCACAAAACGUCAAGAUACAACUGAUGACAAGUCAAAGGACCGAUCUAAAGAUAAAGGAGCCACCAAAGACUCAAGUGAAAAGGACCGUGGUAGAGACAAAGCUCGUAAGAGGCGAAGUGCCUCCAGUGGUAGUAGCACCUCCAGCAGGUCUCGAUCCAGUUCCACCUCCAGCUCUGGCUCUAGUACUAGCACUGGCUCUAGCAGUGGAUCCAGCUCUUCUUCUGCAUCAAGCCGUUCCGGAAGCUCCAGCAUCUCCCGAAGUUCCAGCUCCAGCAGUUCCUCAGGAUCUCCAAGUGCCUCUCGAGGAAGGCAUGACAAUAGGAGGCGUUCGGAACGGAAGAGAUGAAGUCCUUCACCAAAACCUACCAAAGUACACAUUGGAAGGCUUACUAGGAAUGUGACAAAGGAUCACAUCAUGGGAAUAUUUUCCACUUAUGGGAAAAUUAAAAUGAUUGAUAUGCCUGUGGAAAGGAUGCAUCCUCAUCUGUCCAAAGGCUAUGCAUAUGUGGAGUUUGAGAAUCCAGAUGAGGCUGAAAAGCACAUGGAUGGAGGACAGAUAGAUGGUCUGGAGAUAACAGCCACUGCAGUGCUGGCCCCCUGGCCCAAGCCCCUACCCAGGCGAUUUAGCCCACCCAGAAGGAUGUUGCCACCACCCCCGAUGUGGCGUAGAUCACCACCACGCAUGAGGAGAAGGUCCCGCUCUCCUAGGCGCAGAUCUCCUGUCCGACGACGAUCCCGCUCCCCCGGCCGCCGGCGCCAACGCAACCGUUCCAGCUCUAAUUCUUCCCGAUAAAGCAAGGCAGCUAUUCUCCCUUUGUAACUUAAAUAUGA